AUGCAUAUGCCUGCCUCCCUCGCCCCUGCCCAGCCUGUCAACAUUGGCUACAGCAGCCGGCCUCAGCUACCUCUAAAUACCGCCUUCUACCCUACCGUGCCGUCGUCCACAUCCGUGCAGCAGUCCAUGCAGCCUCAGUACGAUCCAUACUCGGGACAAGUUGUACCAUCGCCAAUGCCUCACCGUGCCUCGUCCGGCGCAUGGUCGCCCCAGGACGACAAGAACCUCAUCCAGGCAAGACAGCAAGGCUUGAACUGGUCUCAGAUCCAGGCUACCUACUUCCCCAACAAGACAAGUAAUGCUUGCCGCAAGCGCCACGAGCGCCUGAUGGAGCGCAAGGGCGCUGACGACUGGGAUACCCGGAAGCUCGAGAGAAUUGCCAAAGAGUACAUGAGCAUGCGCAAGGAGAUCUGGCAACCGUUGGCCUCAAAGGUUGGCGAGAAGUGGAAUGUAGUGGAGGCAAAGUGUAUGAACAACGGCCUCAAGAACAUUCAGAACGCGGCUCGUGCAGGUGCUCGGCGGGAGCGCGCUGAGGCAGGCCAGUCUUUCCAUGGGUAUGACGACGACAGCGGCAUCUCGGGCAUUGGUCUGACUCCAGUAGAUGACCUCGAUGCGUCGUAUAGCAGUCCUGAGACUGCCGCCUCCAGCUCGCAUUCGGGAAGCUCAUUCCACAGCGGCUACCAUCCUAUGCACAUGAGUGCUCAGUACGGCCACGGCUACACUGCCAGCACCGGCGCCCUCUCAUCCUCCGGCUACAGCUCUUCUGUGUCAUCAACCACGGCACAGGGCUACGGGACAGUCCCCAGCCACUCUCACCACUCGCAAGGCGGUUCGCCUUAUAUGGGACAUGGGCAAAGACUGCCUAGCGUCGAUAUGAACAUCGAUGCUCUGAUCAAUAGACCGCAACAUGGCAAUGCGCCUUCCAGCAUUUAA